AUGGACUCCUCAACCUCGACAGCCACUCAUGGCAUGUCCAUCAAUGUCUAUGGACGUGGUGACGCCGCCCUCGGCGACUCCCCAUCCCACAUGGGGAUUGCCGUGUAUGAAAUCGGCUCAAAAACCUGUGAAAUGCAUCACAUUCGCAAUCCAAACGACACUGAUUUCAUCUAUGACCCGCGCACACAGCCUCUUGAAGAUCCAGUAUUAAGAGGCCGUUGUGAGAUUGCCACCUUCUCCAAUGACCAAAAGGAGCGCGCUAUCCGUCUACUUUCUGCGUUUGGCCACGAUGAAUUCAAUAUCCCCGAGUUCGGUGUUGGCAACUGUCAAGACUGGGUUGUCGCGGCAGCUUUGAUGCUGGAACAAGCUGGCCUUCUCAAACAAGGGGAAGGGGCUUUCUGGAAAAGCAUGAUCAACUCGGGUGCCAACGAGAUGCAUGACAGCUGUCUUCGAACUGGAAGAGGAUGGAUCCCGGGCUCCGAGUCGACAUUUGAAGGCGAACCCGAUGCGCGGUUCAACGACAAGGCUACGGUGCAGGUUGGCAAACUGGCGCAGAACCCUUUGUUUCAGGCACGAAUGCAGUCGCUCCAAGGUGGCCAGCAGGAGAUCCCGGAGUCAAACUCUCAGGACUCUCUGGAGCGACCAUUUUAUAUUUCGAGUCCAUUUUUUAGCCGCACUAAUAUGGGUGGUUGA